AUGGCAGAUAUCGAUGCGGCCAAUGCCACUUUGGCAGUCCAACUUGAGCUACAGGAUCUAGAAACGUCCCUGACGACAAUUCCCAGCAAUGAAGAGAAGGCUCGAAUCCGCGACCGCGUCGCUACCCUUCACUUCCAACUUGAAGAACUUGCGAUAUUCGAUACCCAACAAGCAAACGUGAGACUACAGCAGAGCAUCUACCGAGCUAUGCUCUCAGACUUCCCGGAAGUUGACAGAAUACUCGGACAAGAAACGCAUGCCACGAACGGUAAUCAAGAUCAACAAUCCGAACAGAGAGACAACAACUCAGCCACCAGAGUCGUGGGCAAAGAUGGAUACUACGAGGACCCCCGAAUUCAACCCGAUGGAAGUACUAGUCUAGAAGCAUACGUACAUGAUCUUGAGGCUGACGAAGUUCAUUCAUCGGCAGAGUGCUACGCUUGCAUGGGAAAUAUCCCGUAUUCUCAACUCAUCAGUCAUGAAGAGUGCGAGCAUCUCUGGUGCCGUCCGUGUCUGUUGGAACGUUUCGAGUUGGUUUUGAAGAACGAGAGCCAAUAUCCUGUCCGAUGCUGCCGGAGACUUCCCAUUAUCUCCCAUCAAAAUCCCACCAUUGUGCGACUUCUCGGAGAGGAAACAGUCGCCAAGCUGGAGUUGAAGAUCAAGGAAUAUACCACAACCGAUCGGACGUACUGCCACGACCCUAGUUGCUCGACAUUCAUUGACCCAGACACGUUCGCAGACAGAAUGGCCACUUGCCCCUCGUGCGAGAAACACACCUGUGUGAUGUGCAAAGCCGAGUUUCACACCUUCCCCACCUGCAACGAAUCCCAGGAUAGGGCCUUCAACGACUGGGUGUCACUGUGGAACGGAAUUCUGCUACAAUUGCAAUGGCUCGCUGGAAAACUUGUCAAUGCCAGCAAUGGCGUGAAGAUCGGCUCCUCCAGCGGGCUGAAGCCAUCGCCGAACUCCAGGAUCGGUUUGCCGAUGUGCAACAAAUUAUCGCAGAAAUCGUGGGCCGGGCAGAGGAUGAGUGCCGUCACGACAACUGGACCAGGGUCGGGGUGUACUCCAGUGAUGAUGACCGUUGCUCGGACUGUGGCUGGCACGCUGAUCAAUUUCUAUGGGAAUAGCACUACGACGAGAGUCUCCGAGAACAAGCAAUUCCGAGUCGCAGGAGACAACGGAGGCUGGAUGUCUUCCAACACCCCCACAUCAUGCUACGGGAUCUCGGUGCGACAAGAAGACCGAAUAGUGAACUUGACUCCAGAGUUUGGUUAG